CUUCUUUACUUUCGCCUUUGACUCCUUCCCACGACUUCAAGUCAUUGACUAAGGUAUCCAUCAUGUCGAAGAUUGCAGUGUCAAGCGUGCGAACCCAGCUCCAGGUCGUCCUGAAGGGGACUGAGGAGAAGAAGAGGAACUUCGCUGAGACGAUCGAGCUCCAGAUCGGCCUCAAGAACUACGACCCUCAGCGUGACAAGCGUUUCAGUGGCACGAUCAGGCUGCCGAACAUCCCGCGCCCGCGCAUGUCAGUUUGCAUUCUUGCCGAUGCCGCCCAUGUCGACCAGGCCAAGCUGAUCGACCUCGAGUUCAUGACGGUCGAGGACUUGAAGAAGCUGAACAAGAACAAGAAGCUCGUCAAGAAGCUCGCCAAGAAGUACGACGCUUUCCUCGCCUCUGAGGCACUCAUCAAGCAGAUCCCCCGUCUGCUCGGCCCCGGGCUCUCCAAGGCGGGCAAGUUCCCCACGCCGGUCUCUCAUUCGGAGGACCUUGAGAAGAAGGUCAACGAGGUCAAGUCGACGAUCAAGUUCCAGCUAAAGAAGGUGCUCUGCUUGGGUGUCGCCAUCGGCAACGCUGAGAUGAGCGAGGACCAGCUCCUCGCCAACGUCAUGCUUGCUAUCAACUUCCUCGUCUCGCUGCUGAAGAAGGGAUGGCAGAACGUUGGUUCGCUCCACUGCAAGAGCACUAUGGGCCGCCCUCAGCGCCUCUACUAAGCAAUAUCAGGGUUUUGCUGUGCUGCAGCUAGUGCGCCAGGCUUGCCAAUGCUACGCCUGCUGGUACAGCUCAGCUUAGCUUUGGACUUCUGCAAAACUCAGGACGAACUUCCAAUCGAUUGAAUCAAGAGCAGUUCGCACGCUUACACCCAGUUACUGUGUCCAGCGCAGACGGCAUUGACAUUUCUUGAAUGCCAUGCUGCUGCUUGGUCGGUGAUGAGGGGAGCUCGAUUGUAGUCUACAUGCCUGGGAGAAACAAACCUUGAUGGUCAACGC